AAUGUCAUCAUAGUCGCUUUGCUUCUAAAAAAAACCGGUAUUAUUUCAAGAAAACAAAAAAGUGUUCAAAUUUUAGAGAUUCAAUCUCUACUUUACAAAAACCAAGUGAUAUGUUUCAAUAAUUCCUCGAUCCACUCGCUUAAUUAGCUUCAAAUACUCAAGAUCUUGUACAUUUCAGCUCAUUCUGUGGUCUCCAUAAUAAUCCUGCAAAAGCAUAUAUCAAGUUUAUCAUGAAUCCAGAAGCUGCAACUGAAAAUGGAGAGUCAGCCAGUUUAAAUGAAAUUCUUAACUUCAAAGGGGCUACCGAAGAUAAUCUUGCUGGGAGUAAAUUUCUUGAUGGAAUCCAAUCAAAGCACGGUUUAGCUGAUAUUCCAGCUGCUAAGAUCUCAGAAUUGAUGAAACUAAACAGCUUACAGGGUGCCUCCACUCAUUCACUUUUCAGUGUUGUGAGUAAUAUUUUGGAUGACAGCAUUGAGAGAAAGAAUGGGGAUAUACCUCAGUGUGUGGCCUCCCUGGUAAAGUUGGUCGUACAAGAGAUUGAAGAACGAGUUUCAAAACAAGCUGAUAAUUUGAGAAAGCAAAAUGGUUUGUACAAGUCUCGUGAGGAGAGAUAUCAAUCAAGAGUUAAAGCACUUGAAACCCUUGCAGUGGGGACCACUGAGGAGCAUGAGGUUAUUAUGAAGAAGCUUCAACAGAUAAAGAUUGAGAAGGCCAAAAUUGAAGAGAAAGAAAAACUUCAAGAGAAAGAGUUAAUCAGAUUAAUGGAAGAGAAUGAUCACUACAAGAUGCAAAUAUCUUCAUUGAUAGCUGAGCUUGAAUCAUCCAAACAAGCGCAUGAAAAAGAUCGGUUACAAUUGGAAGCACAAGCCGAGCAAACUCGAGUUGAGUUAGAGAACAGGAUACUGGAACUUCAACGUCUGCUGAGUGAAUCAACAAAGAAAGUACAAGAACUUGAGGCAUUUUCAGAAUCCAAAUUGGUGAAAUUGAAAAGGAGAGAGCUUGGCUACAAACACUUCAUAGACUGUCAUUUUGGAUCUCUGCAGGAAUUGAGGGUAGCAUCUGACUCUAUAAGGCUGGAGGUGAUGAGGACCAAGGAGGUUUACAUCGAAGAACUUAACCACUUUGGGUUCAAUCUUAAGGGGCUGGUUGAUGCUGCUCAGAAUUAUCACACAGUGCUUGAAGAAAAUAGGAAGUUGUACAACGAAGUUCAAGAUUUGAAAGGUAACAUUAGAGUUUACUGUCGGAUAAGGCCAUUCCUUCGGGGCCAAAGCCAAAAAUUAACAACCAUAGAGUACAUUGGUGAGAAUGGGGAACUGGUUGUCACUAAUCCUUCCAAACCCGGGAAAGAGAGUCACCGUCUUUUCAAAUUCAACAAGGUCUUUGUGCCUGCAGUUACCCAAGAGGAGGUAUUUCGGGACACUCAGCCAUUAAUCAGGUCUGUUUUGGAUGGGUACAAUGUCUGUAUCUUUGCUUAUGGUCAGACUGGUUCCGGAAAAACAUAUACCAUGAGUGGGCCCAGCAUGUCAUCGGUGGAGGAUUGGGGGGUCAAUUAUCGAGCUUUGAAUGAUCUAUUCAACAUCUCCCAGAGUAGGAAAAGUUCCAUCGCGUAUGAAGUUGGUGUUCAAAUGGUUGAGAUAUACAAUGAGCAAGUGCGUGACUUGCUCUGCAGUGAUGCUUCUCAGAAACGACUUGGGAUUUGGAGUACCACUCAACCCAAUGGAUUAGCUGUCCCUGAUGCUAGCAUGCAUCCAGUCAAAUCAACUGCAAAUGUUUUAGAAUUAAUGAAUAUUGGCUUAAUGAAUAGAGCUGUUGGUGCUACUGCUUUAAAUGAAAGAAGCAGUCGGUCACAUAGUAUCCUCACUGUUCAUGUACGUGGCGUAGACUUGGAAACAAAUGAUAUUCUACGAGGUUGCCUACAUUUGGUAGAUUUGGCUGGCAGUGAAAGGGUGGAUCGCUCUGAAGCCACAGGGGAUCGUUUACGGGAAGCACAACAUAUAAACAAAUCCUUAUCUGCUCUUGGAGAUGUGAUCUUUGCAUUGGCACAAAAAAGUGCUCAUGUGCCAUACAGAAAUAGCAAACUAACACAAGUUCUUCAAAGCUCCCUUGGAGGCCAGGCAAAGACACUUAUGUUUGUACAGCUCAAUCCUGAUGUAGAAUCCUACUCAGAAACCAUUAGCACCCUGAAGUUUGCUGAGAGGGUGUCCGGAGUGGAGUUGGGUGCAGCAAGAAAUAAUAAAGAGGGUCGGGGUGUUAAAGAGCUUAUGGAUCAGGUAGCUAAUUUAAAGGACACAAUUGUAAAGAAGGAUGAGGAAAUUGGGAGGCUGCGGGUUAUCAAAACUAAUGGUAAUGGUGAGAGGCGCAGUGUGAGCUCAACCAGGCAUGGCUCUGCCUCUCCAAGAAGACAUUCUUUAGGUGGUCCACGAGCAAGUCAAAUAUUUUCUGGAGAGAGAAGCUCAGGACCUCCUACUCAGAAAGCUACUUCUGACGCGGACAAUAGUUCAGAAUGCAGUGACAGACAAUCUGACACUGGUUCUCAGCAAUCAAUGGAUGACUUUAGGCAUCACAGAGAUUUCUUUAGACAAUCCAGGCUUGCUGUAGUAGAUGCUGGUCUAAAUCUGGGUGAAGACACUGUGAAAGGAGCUAAAAAUCCUAAUGAAGACGUGGUGCUCAUCGGGUUUGAUGAUGCAGAUUCUGAAGAGAGAUUAAGUGACAUAUCUGAUGGUGUACUUUCAAUGGGAACUGAGACUGAUGGUUCAAUCAAUAGUAUCGUAGAGUACACUCUUUUCCCAGAAACGGCAAAGCAACCUUCAGAGACCCCAGAGAAGCCCUCUGUACCUGCUAAACUUCCACGGCCCACACAAAAGAAGGUGGAAACAGGAUCUUCCCGGUUGUCAUCAAUGAAGAAGAGCACCCCUAAAGUCCCGAGUUCUAAAAAACCCCCUUCCGGCAACAGUUCUGCAGUUAGGUCUUCCAAAAGAUGGCAAUAGUACAGAAGAAAAAUUGUGGAAGAGGAUACUUAAUAACACUUAUUUGUAGAAUAGACUGUAGACACGAUUAUUGUGUCGUCUUCCAUUGUUGUGAUCAAAGAUAUGUAGGAACUUCAGCUUGUAGCAAAGCUGCACUGAUCAGGUGAAUUUCUUAGGAAUAUUUGCUCGUACACUCUCUCCUGCCUCCCCUACUCGAAGUGGAGGAGGAAAGGAGGGCGGCGUGGGGUUUGACAUUGUGUAGUGUGUACAUGUAGCUCUAUUAAAAUACUCAGUGAUGCACUUUUAGGCUAUUAAAUAGCGUGUAACUUCUGUUUGAUUAUGGUGCUUAUUGUGAAAGGAAGAUCAUGCUUGAUUUUGAUUA